AUGAGCACAUUAUAAGUUAUCACGUUUGGAGAAAUUCCUCUGGGUUUCAUCUCCUCGAACAGAUGGAUGACAUCUGCCUUCGUGCCGAGCUUCAGUUCAACGUAGAUCCUAGAAGUGUAGGCGAAGCAAUCCGGCUGCAAGCCCAUAUUCACCAUCUCAUCAAAAAAAUAUUUUGCCAUGGAGAGAUUUCCUGCCCUGCAGCAACCAUUGACGAGAACUGUGUAUGUGAAGACGUCAGGUACGAGGCCCGACUGAAGCAUCUCCUCUUUCAGCAUCUGUGCGUCAUCCAGAGAUCCUGAUCUACACAGACCAUCAAUAA